AGCAUCAUCCUUUGGAAAUUCGCCGUCUGCUUGUCUCAGCCUCCUGACUGGCCCCCGGCUGCCGGCACGAUCAUCCGUGUCACAACAUUUUUUGUGAAGAUACCCCACUUCUUCUUUCUUCUUGGCUGCUGGGAUUAUGGACUCGGGACGGGUUUUACCCCUUGGCGGCUUGCCAUGGCUGCCGUACUCGUACCCCAACAGCCGGCCAAGAUCCCUGCCAUCGGAGCUGGUUCAGUCUAUUUCCGCAUUUGUGUUUUAUUUUUUGUUGUGUCUUUGCUUCGGCCAACACGGAGUUUGCGGACACGGGGGGAUGGGAAAUAAAAACUAUAGACGGGGAGCGGCACGCGCAUAAUGUCGGAAUGUCGGAACGCCUACUCGUUUUUC